UGUUAUCGAUAACGAUGGACGCGUUCACAAGAAACUUAAUUGUAUUAUUGUUCAAAUGGCAUCUUUUGUAUUCUGACGAGCAUGUAGCUGUCCUGUUCCUCUUCAUAUCAAUCCGAUCUUGUAUUCUCUAGUUACAGCUCUACUUUUGCUCCGAUAGCAAAGUAGCUGUCACAACGAGCUGUAGUACAGCAUCUCGACGCGUUCCCGCCAUAACUGGACACCACCCGCGAACAUAGUUGCGCAGAUAAUUUUGGUGUCUACGCAAAUUAUAAUCUGGAGCCUCGACAUAACUACCACGAACCGUGUCACAGUCGGCCACAUAAAACCCACUACCACUACCCCUCCAACAGGAAAUAGCAACCAAGAACACCACGAAUAUAUCGCCAGUUAUAAUACUUGGAUUUUACCAACCGCUCGUCUACGCAAAACGGCUUGUACGAGCAGUCACAGCUCGUUGAAAGCAACCUCCUGUGGCCCGAACCAAACUUCAACUCCAGAACCAUCCGCACAACACCCACCAAGAUGUCCUACUACGAUGUCGAUGCGAUCCUCACGGACGCCCAAAAAAUCCCGUGCCACUUCACCCUCGCCGUCCCCGGCCUCGGCCACCUGGACGCUUCUUCAACACCAACACUCAAAGCCUCCACGCCUCUCUCCCUCCCCCUCUGGCUCGCCGAAACCGUCGCUCUGAAUUCCCCUACACCGCUGAAACCCGUGCUCUCACUCGACCUCCCCGAGGCUCUCUCCCCUGCUGUUAUCGCAGCCCUAAAAGCCUCCCCCACCUCGGUCGACCUACGUGCCCAGACGCCCUACUUUUUUGCGCUCGCGGCGCGCCUGCUAGCCUUAUUUGACGAUGAACCUAUGCUCGCGGUACUACAGGACGCGUUUAAGAAGAGGUCGAGGGAGAUUGUAGAUCAUGCGAGCAAUGUCGGUGGAAGGAGUGGGGCGGGUGUGGCAGCAGAGGCAGUGGACUUUUUGAGGGGCCUCGAUGAGGAAGAGAGGAAGCUAUUUAGGGUAGCGCAUGAGAGUGCUAAGGCUACGAAGGCAUGGUUGGAUGAUGAGAAGCGUUGGCGUUCAGGAAUAUACCCUUUUUAGUUGAUUUGGGUUUCGUGAUAUGAUAAUUUGUGCUGCUUGGCAACUGCAGUUACCCUAGUGAUUCGAUA